GUAUUGUUGUGACUAUCUACUACGUAUCAUGUUGCGGCAAACGCUGCCCGCGGCGUCCGCAACGACGCAGCGCCGUGCAUCGGCUCUCUCGCCUUGCCGAUUCCGACCGAGCGUGGUGCGCCAAACUCCUUCAAGGAGGCUUCACGUAACGCAAGCAGCUGAGCAGGCAGAGCCGCAAGUGUACUAUGGCCGCUUCGGGCCCUGGACCAUCACCAAUGAGGAUCGGGCGGAGGUCAUCGGGUACCGGCUGGGUAUCAGCGCCACGGCGAUAGGCUUCCUGUUCUGCGGCGCCUACGGGCUGCUGCCCGCUGACCAGGACUCCACACGGGCCGCCAUGCAGGGCCUGUUGGACCCGGCGGUGGUGCUGGGCGCGGCGGGCCUGGGCGUGUCACUGCAGCUCAUCCACAUCUACAUCGGCGUGCUCAAGCGCACACUGCAGGCGCUGUGGGCUGUGGGCACCGUCGCGUCCCUCUACCUCAUACUCACGCAGGACGCGCCCGCUGCCACGUUCGUGUACGAGCACCCGGUGUGGAUCUGGGCCGUCGGGCCGCUGUUCGCGGCGCUCACGGGGGUGGCCUUCAAGGAGGGGCUGUGCUACAACAAAUGGGAGGCUGCCGGCCUGUUCGGUGCGCUGCCGCUGCUGGUGGGCGGUCACCUCCUGGGCUUCGUGCCCCACAACGUGGAGCAGGGGUUGCUGGCGUCGUGCUGCGUUCUUCUGGCUGUGUUUGCGGGGCGCAAGUACACGCAGGCUUUCAAGGACGACAUCGGUGACAAGAGCAUCUUCGAAAUGCAAAAGCUGCCACAAGAGCAACAACAAGAGCUACUGCGAAAGCUCAACUUCGACGACUAGCACAACUUUGACUGAACAGUGGCUUGCACAACAGGGCGGCCCUUGUCACCCUCUAGGAUGCCACGGCGAUAGCCGAUCACUUGUAAAUGCUCUUGCAA